AUGAAGCUUAGCCUACGAAUUGGUCAAUUAAAUUUAUUCGAUUGGGGCCAUCAUUGUGUGAUCGUUUUUCAAGAAAAAAUAUUUUCAGAAUUAUCACUUCUCGGAAUCGGAAAAGAACUCAAGCGGCUGAUGGUUUUCAGCUCUCAUCAGCUCAUAAAUUUACAACAAAAUUCUUCACUACUUUAA